AUGUCAGAAACUACAAAACAGUUCAAUGCAACAGAAAUUGCUUGGGGUUUUCCAAAAUUCAUACACUUAGAUGAACUUAAUGACUCUAGCAGUGGGUUUAUGGUGAAUGAUACUUGUAUAAUUGAAGUUCAGAUUUUGGUCAGCAAGUCAGAACAGGAGAAUCAAGUAGAUCAACAAGUUAACAAGAUUGAUGAUAAUCAUGAUAUUGAUAAGCCUAUUAAACACACAGAUAUCUUCUUACCCAAGGAAACGUUCCCAACCUCAUUUGGUGAGCUAGUUGAUUUCCAAGGCUUAGGGAAAAUAGAACAAGCUUUUGUUCCAUUGUUAGAAGAAGUAUUUUCUCGACAUCCCUCACUCAUUGAUUGUCAGCAAAAAAGAAGUGGCAGGUUUGUUGAAUGGGCAUUCACAGCUUUGGGUCGAGUUUUACAUUUUCUCAAGACUAAAAAGGUGAAAGAUAUGGAUGGUGAUGCUUGCAAUAAUCUUCAAAUUUUUUGGGAGGAAUUGAAGAUGUUUAGAUUUGAUUUGACUUGGCUGGAACCUCAUGUUCAAUCUGCCUUGGCUAUGAAAACUUGUAUUGAGAGAGCUGUUCGGGUGAAAAGGACGAGGGAGGAUGUGACUGCUUUAGAGAUGGAAACAAAGAGGUUGAAGGCAAAGAUGAUUCAAGCAGAGGUAGAUCUUGAAAUAGCAAGAAGAGACUUCGUGAAAGCAAAAGAAGGCUUUGAAGAGUGCGAUUUGGAUGCUGAACUAGGCUAUGGAGAACCAUAA